GCGGCAGAAGGGGUGGUAGCGGCGGCGUCGGCAUCAUCCCGUCGAUCGAGAACGUCUCUCCCCUGGAUGGAACCGAACUGUAUCCAGUCAACCAUGGCGCUGGGGCUGUCUUCCAAGAAAGCAUCCUCCAGGAAUAUUGCGGUGGAAAGGAAAAACCUGAUUACCGUCUGCAGAUUCUCUGUGAAGACCCUACUUGAAAAAUAUGCAAUCGAGCCCAUUGAUGACUCGUCAGAGGAGUUUGUGAACUUUGCAGCCAUCUUGGAGCACAUACUCAGCCAUCGUUUCAAGGGAGACCAUGGUCCUGUCAGUUGGUUCAGCUCUGAUGGGCAACGUGGCUUCUGGGAUUAUAUUCGUCUGGCCUGCAGCAAAGUCCCCAAUAACUGUGUCAGCAGUAUCGAAAACAUGGAGAACAUCAGCACCUCGAGAGCCAAGGGCCGGGCUUGGAUCCGUGUAGCACUGAUGGAAAAGCGCAUGUCUGAGUACAUAGCCACAGCACUGCGUGACACCAGAACAACCAGGAGAUUUUAUGACGAUGGGGCAAUCAUGCUGCGAGAGGAAUCCACCGUCCUCACAGGGAUGCUGAUUGGACUCAGUGCCAUAGACUUCAGUUUCUGCUUGAAAGGGGAGAUCAUGGAUGGCAAAACUCCAGUGGUGAUUGAUUACACUCCUUACCUAAAGUUUACACAGAGCUAUGACUACUUGAGCGAUGAGGAGGACCGGAGGAGUUUGGAGAGCAGCACAAGUGAGGACAGUUCCCCGGAUCACCCCUAUUUGCCCUUAGUGACUGCUGAAGAGAGCUGGCGCAACAAGUGGCGCAAGAUGGAGCAGAAGUUUCGUAUUGUAUACGCGCAGAAGGGCUACCUGGAAGAGCUAGUUCGGCUGAGAGAGUCCCAGCUGAAAGACCUGGAGGCAGAGAACAAACGCCUGCAAUUGAGACUUGAGGAGGUGAAAGUGCAGAAUCAGUUAGAGAAACGGGAGCUGGAGGGGGUCAUCCUGGAACUACAAGAACAGUUACUUCCCUCCUCCCGCUCUGCCCCCAGGACGGGCCUCAUCCCCUCGGACAACAACCAAUUGACUCAACUCUCCAAGGAAAUGGCAGCACCUUUGGUGAACCAGUGGCCCUCGCUGGGUAUGCUGAAUAGUAAUCAAGGUCGCUCACAAGCCAAAAUGUACAGAAGGCACAGCUUCAUGAGUACAGACCAGCUGUCAGCAGAAAUCAGCCUAAGUUCAGAUUCCCAAAGGAUGGGCGAAGGAAAGCAUGAAGGAGAGCCCUGGGGGCCACUGGGAAAGGACCCGACUCCAUCCAUGCUGGGCCUCUGCGGGUCCUUGGCCUCCUUGCCUAGUUGCAAGUCUUUAGCCAGCCUAAAAUCCAACGAGUGCCUGGUGAGCGACAGCAUUGAACCCAGCCCUGCUCACAGCCCCAGCUGAGACAUCCGAUGGCCAUCCCCAAAAACCAUGAGAUGCCUGAGGGGAAGCAGAGAUUGCCUGGCAGGCAAAAGAAAUGAACUGAGAAUUGAGUCCUUUUGGCUUAGUUACGAUUAUGGGGAGGGUGAAUCGAACCCUUUAUCCAGCCUGAUGCAAAAGGGCAGCACACCCACCUCUUCAACGGAACAUUUUGAUAAAUACUCUUCCUUAAACUGGGACCAGGAAAAUGUUAAAGAAUCUCCUUGCUGGUCAGGACUUCACACGUUGGAAGCUGGAGGGAUCGCCUGCCAAAAGCGCUUUUGUAAAAUGAUGCUGUGUAAUAUAUGUAAUAUAUAUAUAGAUAUUAUAUAUGACUAAGAUUUGUGAAAGGCAGCUGCUUCUGGAGAGGAACACUUAGGAAAAAGCCUCCUGAACUCUAUUGUCAGGUAUGCGUUUCUUUUUUUUUGGG